AUGCAAUUUUCAGUCCUCCAAAUAGCCACCAUAAUUCUGGCAACCGCAACCGACCUUUCACAAGCCCGCUUGCACACGACAGCCGUCUGCAUCGACAAGCGCAUCAACCACUUUGGCCAGAAGACAUUUUCAAUCAGCCCAAACGCUACGCAUUGCGCCUGCACCUUAUACAGGGCCCGCGACACCGGCACCAAAGUCUGGGAUAAAUGCCAGGACUGCACAUUCGAGGACUUCAAGUGCAUCUCCAAGAAUGGCACCAUUGGCGGCGACGAGUUCACCUACUACUGCGAGAAGAAAUGUGGAGCAAAAGGGGCUGAAGCUUCUUGA